UGCAGUUUGACAUUUCAAAGAGUGAUGGAUGAUGACUGACAUUCAGAAUAAUAGUACCAUGUGAAUUUCCUGAACUUAUCUGAAAAUGGCGACAAAGACAUUGAGACAGGAUGUAGAUUUCCAGGGUCUUUUCAGGAAACUUGGUCAUAACUUAGAAGAGAUACGAGUUCGAGCAUUAGAUAAUAUUUUAUCUAAAUUGAACCACAAACUUAUUUGUGAGGCUGAUCUGAUUCAUGAACGACAUCUGUUUAUUCGUUUACUAGAAUGGUUCAAUUUCUCUAAAGCUCCUCAACAGGAACAAGUCUUAAACUUUCUUAAGACUCUUUCACAGCAUACAUCUGCCGCUGAAAUAAUCCAAGAUGUAGGUGGAGUUGAGUUUCUUUCCAAUCUGCGUAUUAAUGCAGCUCUAAAUCUUCAACCAAUCAUAGAUCAGAUACUAGAAAACACACUUAGAUUGCCCACAGCAUCGGUAGAUCAACAUGCACCAGAAUGUAUAUAUCAUAGACCAGUUACAGAACAUAACAUAACACAGCAGUCAAAUCAAUCUGGAGAUGAUAGUUGUAAAAGUCAUCACUCUACUCUCACAAGUACAACAACAACACAAGGUUAA